GUUGGACUUCAAACUAGAUAUCGCAAAUAUACACCCUAGUCAUUAGUCGGCAAGAAGGGCUUGGUUUAGGAACGUAUGGACAGACUGGAAAAGUUGGUGUAAACCAGUUUCAGAUGGGAAUAUCGUCUUCGGGAACAAUGGCUGCUAGCUGUGUAACGACUAUUCUCCUGCUCGGCAUUCGAGCGGUCGUCGCCUUGCAGCACGAAGAAGAGUUCUUCUUCGGGGACUUCCCUCCUGAUUUUAUGUGGGGCAUCGCCACGGGGUCCUACCAGAUUGAGGGAGCAUGGAAUGAGGAUGGAAAAGGUCCAAGUAUCUGGGACACGUUUUCCCACGAGGGUAAAAACUACAACAACGACACGGGCGACGUGGCCUGUGACAGCUACCACAAGUGGGAAGAGGAUGUCGCUAACUUGAAAAGAUUAGGGGUAAAGCAUUACCGUUUCUCGAUCUCCUGGCCACGGGUGCUUCCAGACGGUACCACGGCACAGGUAAACCAGAAGGGCAUAGAGUACUACAACAACCUUAUUAACGCCGUCCGUGGGGCCGGGAUCAAGCCCAUGGUUGUGCUCUACCACUGGGAUCUCCCUCAGGCUCUGCAGGACGCAGGAGGGUGGCUAAACGAGAGCAUUGUGGAUCGCUUCAACGACUACGCCCGAUUCUGUUUCAAGACUUUCGGAGAUCGGGUACCGUUCUGGGUGACAUUUAUCGAGCCCUGGUCUAUCAUCUGGCUUGGAUAUGGUAACGGAAUCUUUGCCCCUGGGAUUCAAAGUCCAGCCGAGGAUCCUUACAUUGCCGGUCACAACAUGAUUCUAUCCCACGUUCAGGCAUUCCAUACGUACAAGAACGAAUUCUACGGGAAAUUUAAAGGGAAGGUCGGUAUAACAGCUGAUCUGCAAUGGAAGUUUCCCAAGACUCAGGCACCACGUGAUCAAGAGGCCGCGGAACGUGCGGCUCAGUUCAAACUGGGCUGGUUCCUCAACCCCAUAUAUGGUAGUGGUGACUACCCAGAUGUUAUGAAGGAACGAGUAGCCAAUAAAAGCAAGGCUCAGGGAUACACUAAAUCCCGACUUCCGCCUUUCACUGCCGACCAGAUCCGUAUGAACAAAGGGUCAGGAGAUUUUGUCGGUAUCAACCAUUACUCCUCCCAGCUGAUUUCCGAUCACCCACUUCCUUUAUUUCCGCCAUCUUACGAAAGUGACCAGGACCUGUUGAUCUCACUCGAUCCAAAAUGGAAAGGGUUAGUUCCAGGUGAUUGGUUAAAAUCGGUUCCUGUGGGGAUAAGGAAACUGCUGAACUGGGUGAAGUCGCAGUACAACAACCCUUUGGUGUACAUAACAGAAAAUGGAGUGGACGACCCCACAGGUGAAUUAGAUGAUCAGUUCAGGGUGGGCUAUAUACGUAACUACACCAACGAGGUGCUGAAAGCAAUUCGAUUGGACAGCUGCAACGUGAAGGGUUACACGGUAUGGACUCUGAUGGACGACUUUGAAUGGAGUUCUGGAUAUCGCAUAAAAUUUGGACUGCAUUAUGUGAACUUUUCGGAUCCGUCUAGACCUAGGACGCCAAAGGCAUCUUCCAAAUUUUACGCCAGUUUGAUCCGAAACAAUGGUUAUGAUUCGACGACGACAACAGUAGUUGGGUAAUUACUGUUACUGUUUUGGUUUACGAAGACAAUACCGUCCAUUGUAAACAAAAAUUUUGAUAUUCUUCAAUAAAAAUUGAAA